AUGGUCCCCUCCGUCAGAUACUACAGGCUCACUCAGCAAACCAGAUCCAGUAUACUGACUUCACUUCUAACUCGUGGAGAGAAUGCAGUCCGAACGACUCUUGCAGCUGCGGGCGAUACAUUUGCCCAUGGCACUCAGAUCAAUAUCAAAGAGAUCAACAUGAUCAGCAAGGCUCCUUCUCCCCUGAUAAGCCUGCCCCGAUACCCUCGGAACCAUACACUCAAAUACUGGGCCGACUCCAGGAUCAGCCGCGCUCGGCAGCACCGCAAGUCUGGCCGACAUGAUGUCUUCGGGGCGCCGGCACAAGAGUCUGACGGCCUUGGGCCAAGAUGGAGACACUUUCUCAGAGUCUCCGACAACCCCUGGAUCCGGGAUCAUGUCGUCCACUCUUCCAUCCUAUAUCCUGGCUCGGGCAUCCUCGCCAUGCCGCUGCAAGCACUGCAGACACUGGCAGAACCGGGCAGAUAUGUUGAACUUGUGGCAGCAGAGCAGUCGGACUCUCCCAGCGUCGUUGUCCAGGGACUCCGCUGCAGAGAACUUCCUAACGACAAUGCCAAAACGACGGCAUCGGAUACGAUCAAAGCCCCUAUUGGUGAAGUCGUUCACAAAGCGGAUAUCGAGCUACUGGAUGCACAUAGUCUCGCCUCAUAUCUAACUACACAGGGCCCUAUGGAUGCACUUUGGUCCGAGGAAGAGAUUUUGGAAGCCGUGAGCAGUCUUGAUGCGGCAUUUGUUGCGAUCAUUGAUCUGGUUGCACAUAAGAACCCAAAUUUUGCACUUGUAAAAGUUGGUGCUGUCAACCAGAUCUUGACUGGGAGAAUAUUAUCUACUCUGGGAGCGAGCGAUGCUUCGAGGCGCUUCAGAUCCAUCCUUUUCCAAGACAAAGCCUCACAGCUAAUGGACAGCUUGACCAUGCAGUACGGAGAGCUAGGUCGAGAAUUUACACCUCGAGGUCCUCGCCAAGGUGACACGGAAGCAUCAGCAGAGAGUUGUAUCGUGCUGAUGGCGACCGAGCCUGUCAUCGGCUUCGAGGAUCCUACUCUUGUCAUUGUUUUGACUCCAAACUCUUCGUCGGGAGCCGCAGAGAUUGCCAACCAUAUCGAAACACUCGCCACUGAAACUGGAACGCCAGUCCAGAUUGUGACAUGGCCCGAGCCACUGCCCGACUUGGAACCCCCUCCUGUGAUUGUUUCCCUGUUGGAGUAUGACGCGUCCCUCCUCACCAAUCUCUCGGCAGCAGACUACGAGUCCCUUCAGUCACUAAUCACGGCUGCCCAACGUCUGCUCUGGGUGAGCCGAGGUGACGACCCUGUUAUGCAGACCGCGACGGGUUUCAUCCGGUCUCUGAGCAAUGAGACUAUCGGCAUCGACUACUCUUUCAUCCUGGUCCGGGAUGAGGGCACACGCAGCAGUUUGGAGACUGUCAAGAUGCUACACAAACUUUGCUCUAUCGCUCAAUUGGAAAAGGAGUACAUUGAGACUUACGGAGAUACACAUCACGGUAUCCAGACUGGUCUGCAAGGGAUGAUUAUCCCACUGGCCAAAACACCGUCCGGUGUUAUGACCUGCAGUCGUUGGGCAUACAACCAAAAACUUACUGGUUUGGCUGGAGCAGGCCGAAGUCCUUCUCACGCUGAGUCAUUGGCCUUGAGCGACGCACCUGCUGCUCUGAUUCUCGACAAUGAGGACAGCCAAACAAGAGGAAAAGUAGUCUAUACUGCUUCUGGCCAGCUCCGGACCAGUCAACUGGCCGAUCAUGAAGUCGAGAUCGACAUUCGAUGUCUGGUCUUGAGUCGAAACACCAGGCGAGAAACUGCGGAGCAAGAUUGGCGGGAGGCUGUUGGCACCGUCGCCGCAGUCGGAUCUACGUGCACGAUUCUACCAGGUACGGCAGUAUCGUUUGUCUACUCUGGACCAGUCUCGACAAAGGUGCGGGUUCAUUCCAACCACUGUUGUCGACUGCCUCGCAACGUUGAGCUUGAGUCGUUCGCACUCCAUGGCAUUACCUACCCUGCCGCCUAUCACCUAUGCACACUAGCCCACUUACAAGAGAAUAAGAAGGUUCUGGUUCAGGGCACAGGAAGUGUUCUGGGACAAGUGCUUGUGGCUCUUUCUCUAGAGCUUGGCGCCACAGUCUGGGUCGCAGUGGGUAGCGAGGACGAGGCUCUUAUAACGCAGGAGAUGGGGGUCUCUGCAGCCCGCGUCCUCAGCGACAAUGAGUUCUACCGGCCCACGACUUUGAUGAAUUUCACUGGAAAUCAUGGCUUUGACGCCAUUUUAAACACAAACACAGAGGAGGAGACAAUAUCUAGACUGUGGCAGCGUAUGGCACGUGGCGGCAAGUUCGUUGAUGCAAGUUGCAAUGAGGCAUCGGGGCGCCUCAAUCUCGGUACCAAGCCAUUCCAGCUCGGGGCUUCUUUCGAAGUAGUCAAUAUGGACGACAUGUUGAAGAGUGACUCCAGCCUUUACAAGACAAUUCAAGAGAAGGCGGCAUGGUUCUUUGCCAAACGGCAAUCAACAAAUGGACCUAAUCUCACUGUAUUCUCCUCCAACAAGACUUACGAGGCUCUCGACUUCGUCGCAAAUCCGGCAAACCCUGCAAAGGCCUUGUUGUUAUUCCACCCAGAUGGGACGGUUCCGGUCUCUCCCGAGGUCAAGAACCAGCUGCGUCUGCGUGCGGACGCUACCUAUGUUCUUGCGGGCGGUCUCGGGGGCCUCGGCCGAAACCUCGCCAGACUCAUGGUCGAUGCAGGCGCCAAACUCCUGGUAUUCCUGUCUAGAUCUGGUCCAGGAUCUGCGGCGGCGCAGAAUAUCAUUCAGGAAUUCAGUCAUUGGUUUGUGACCGUCCGGAUAUACAGCUGCGACGUAGUCGACCCCGAAAGCGUGUCACGAGUCUUUGCCGUGGUGGGUUCGGAACUGCCGCCUAUCUGCGGGAUAAUUCAGAGUGCAGCAGUGCUCCGGGACUCCAUCUUCGAGAACAUGAGCCACAGUCAGUGGAUGGAGGCUAUCAGGCCCAAGGUGCAGGGCUCAUGGAACCUUAACCAGGCUUCGCUACGUAGCCCUUGCGCAGAAGAGGGACUCGACUUCUUCGUAAUGCUCGCUUCUAUAUCUGGCUUCGUCGGAAACCGUGGUCAGGCCAACUACGCAGCGGGGAACAGCUACCAGGAUGCCCUGGCCAGGUACCGAAGGUCGUUAGGGCUGGCGGCGACCAGUGUAAAUCUUGGUCUCAUGCAGGACAUUGGCCUCAUUGCCGAGCAGGGUGGUCAGUCCAACCUAGAGGAUGACACUGUUGUCCCUCUCAACGCCCAAGACUUUAACCUCUUCUUCAAGAUGGUCAUGAGCAGCAAUGGCCAUGAUGUGCCAGCUCAAAUCAUUACCGGACUUCCCACUGGUGGCAUCUUGCAAGAAAAGGGCAUCGCGACGAAGCCGUUCUACUAUCGCGACCGGCGCUUUGCUUCCAUGGAAGCAAUGGGCUUCGACGAGUCUUUGGCCACCGGGACUGACAGCAAUUCUGUGUCGAUCGAGGAGCAGUUGGCUGCUGCAACGUCUCGCGAGCAGGCUACUGCGGUAGUGUUGUCUGCGCUGCGGGAGCAGGUGGCAAAAGCGCUCCGCUGCCCCGCCGACGACAUCGACACAGCCAAGUCUAUGCAUACCUACGGUAUGGACUCGCUCAUGGCGGUGGACAUGCGAAACUGGGUGCAGACGAAAUUGAAAGCCGAGAUAUCUCUAUUCCAGAUCAUGAGCGGGAGCAGCAUCGGGGUGCUAGCGGAGAAGAUCACUAUGGGAAGCAAGCUUAUCAGUGUAGAGUAG